CAGUAAGCCAGGCAGAGAGAGUACAGGUUCUCAAAAGAUUCAUCAGAGGCCUGUCACUGUCUGGGGUAAAAAAAGUCUGGAAAGAAAAAGACUUCAGUGGAAGUUGAUGAUGCUCCUGUUACCACUCCUAACCAUAUUCUUGGUGAAGAAAAGCCACACUCGGACCCACUCGCUGAGAUAUUUUCGUCUUGCCGUUUCGGAUCCUGGCCCCGGAGUCCCUGACUUUAUCUCUGUUGGGUAUGUGGACUCACACCCUAUCACUACAUAUGACAGUGUUACUCGAAAGAAGGAACCAAAAGCUCCAUGGAUGGCAGAGAACCUGGCAGCUGAUCACUGGGAGAGGUACACUCAGCUGCUUAGGGGCUGGCAGCAGACAUUCAAGACGGAGCUGAGGCACCUGCAGAGGCACUACAACCACUCAGGGUUUCACACCUACCAGAGAAUGAUUGGUUGUGAGUUGCUAGAAGACGGCAGCACCACAGGGUUUCUCCAGUAUGCAUAUGAUGGACAAGAUUUCAUCAUCUUCAACAAAGACAGCCUCUCCUGGUUGGCCAUAGAUAAUGUGGCCCACAUCACCAAGCGAGCAUGGGAGGCCAACGUGCAUGAGUUGCAAUACCAAAAGAACUGGCUGGAAGAAGAGUGCAUUGCCUGGCUGAAGAGGUUCUUGGAGUAUGGGAGAGAUGUCCUAGAAAGAACAGAGCCUCCAGUGGUAAGAACAACUCGAAAGGAAACUUUUCCAGGGAUUACAACUCUCGUCUGCAGAGCUCAUGGCUUCUACCCACCAGAAAUUUCCAUGACAUGGAUGAAAAACGGGGAAGAAAUUGCCCAAGAAGUAGAUUAUGGAGGGGUGCUUCCCAGUGGGGAUGGAACCUAUCAAAUGUGGGUGUCGGUUGAUCUGGAUCCUCAGAGCAAUGACAUGUAUUCUUGUCAUGUGGAGCACUGUGGUCGACAAAUGGUUCUUGAGGCCCCUCGGGAAGCAGGAAACAUCCUUCUAGUAGUGAUCAUGAUCUCUGGGACCAUAAUUAUCAUCGUCCUGGCUGGAGUUGGUGUUCUGAUCCGGAGAAGGUCACGAGAACCAAAAGAAGUCAUGUACCAACCCACCCAAGUGAAUGAGGGCAGCUCUCCCUCUUAGAAGCCAUGACCUCUGCUCUCAGGCACCCACACGUCUUGUCCAUACUCCCGACACAAUGGGGGAUUGCAGAAUUGAGCAUUUGUGACGGGAAGAUAGGAGCUACACAUCUUUCUUCAUUCUUUGACUCCAGAAGAGCUAUCAGCUUUUAGGCUCUUGAUGGACUCCUUUAUCACAAUCAACUUUAAAUACAGUUUGUCUCGUGAUCCAAUACUUCCCAAUUUCUAGUUCUCAAUGGUGAUUUACAAGUAGAUUACAGAGUCUUAGAGAUACAAGCAACUUUCUCAUCCAAGCAGGAGAUGUCUUCUAAAAUGUCAUAGACUUGAGAGUCAGCCUUUACUUGGCGUCAUGAGCAAGUUCCCCCAUUCUACCACAAAACAGCCUUUCUUGUUUAUUUUUGCUCAUGAGAAUAUUUGCCAUGUAAGAACUUUGACCGUCAUGGCUCUCAUGACUGAGAAUCUAUAAGUAGGGUUGAUCCAGCCCAUGAAAACAGCCAGCAAGUUUCUACAACAGCCUUUGAAUGGACAAGUCACUAUAUACACAUCAUGGCCCAAGGGGAGGCAGACGUACCUAGUUCAUGGUGGCUCUGCCAGAAAGCAUGGAACAUUGGAUGUUUGUCUGGCUAGAUCUAUGGCAAUGGCUUCCUUCGCUUUUACUAUUUCUAUGAGAAAUUAGGACAAUAAUUUAUCAAGCUGAGUGUGAUAGGAAUCCUAUAAGGCUAGUACUCAGGAAACUGAGGCAGGUGGAUUAUAUGUUUGGGGCUAGCUUGAGCUAUACAACAGAACCCUAUCUAAAAUAAACCAACAGAACAACAACAGCAGCAGCAACACACUUAACAGAACUAAAACAAUAAUUGCUGGACAUAAUGUCCCCUCCUGUGGAACUGCAAAGAUCUAGACUCACUUGCAAUAUUUCAAUGUGAAAAUAAUAGUAUUUGGCUGGAGAUGACCCAAUAGGCAAAUCUGUUGUCAAGCAUGUCCACCUGAGGUCAGUCACCCUGACUCACACAGUGAAAGAGAGAACUGACUCCAGAAAGUUGCCCUCUGACCUCUUCAUGAAUGCUGAAUAAAUUUUUUUUAAUCUGUCA